UUUCAUUAAUAAUAUGCUGCCUCUCCAGGACACAGGUGCACUCACGGUACAAAGGCUAUUGGUUCAUCACACGGAAUAGAAGAGCUAGAGGAACAAUGGCUUCAAAGGUCUCAUGUUUAUACAUUUUGACAGUAGUUUGUUGGGCAAGUGCUCUUUGGUACUUAAGUAUAACCCGUCCUACUUCUUCCUACACGGGCCACAGACAGGUCAGUAGCAUAUCUAUAGCCAGAAAAAAUGUUUCCUUUGGCAACAUAAGAACUCGACCUAUAAAUCCACAUUCCUUUGACUUCCUUAUCAAUGAACCCAACAAAUGUGAGAAGAGUGCCCCGUUCUUGGUCAUUCUUAUCAGUACAACUCAUAAAGAGUUUGAUGCAAGGCAAGCCAUUCGAGAAACAUGGGGAGAUGAGAACAACUUUAAAGGAAUUAAAAUCGCCACGCUAUUUCUUCUUGGAAAAAAUGCAGAUCCUGUGUUAAAUCAAAUGGUAGAGCAAGAAAGCCAAAUUUUUCAUGACAUUAUUGUGGAAGAUUUUAUUGACUCUUACCAUAACCUCACUCUGAAAACUUUGAUGGGGAUGAGGUGGGUAGCAACAUUUUGUUCAAAAGCAAAGUAUGUUAUGAAGACAGACAGUGAUAUUUUUGUAAAUAUGGACAAUCUUAUUUAUAAGCUGCUCAAACCUAACACCAAGCCAAGGAGAAGGUACUUCACAGGUUAUGUUAUAAAUGGAGGACCAAUACGAGAUGUUCGCAGUAAGUGGUACAUGCCCAGAGAUUUGUAUCCCGACAGCAAUUACCCGCCCUUCUGUUCAGGCACCGGCUACAUUUUUUCAGCUGAUGUAGCAGAACUGAUUUACAAAACCUCCCUUCAUACCAGACUUCUUCAUCUUGAAGAUGUAUACGUUGGACUCUGCCUUCGGAAGCUGGGCAUUCACCCCUUCCAAAACAGUGGCUUCAAUCACUGGAAAAUGGCCUACAGCUUGUGCAGGUACCGCAGGGUGAUCACAGUGCACCAGAUAACACCAGAAGAAAUGCACAGAAUUUGGAAUGACAUGUCCAGCAAGAAACAUCUUAGAUGUUAAGAUUUUUACAGAUGUAAAUACCUUUUUUUAAAUUUUGGUUGAGUUUGGUUAUUUUUUGACAAAGUGAUCUGCUGAUUUACAGGUUAAACUGUGGGAUAUUAACUGUGAGAGGAUUUUUAAUGACUGAUUUUUCAUUCUCGCUUUGACUACUGGUUUACAAACUUCAGGCUCUUUUUCAUAAGGACAUUAUGCCAACUGAAAGAAUCUAGAGUAAAAUCUCAGAUUUUGUAUAUUAUCAUCUAAUGCACAUAUCCAUUCUUGCAUCUGUGUGUAAAAGGACAGUAACAAAUUCUUAUAAGCUGCUUAACAAUUCACACCCCAGCCUCUGAAGUAAGACUCAGGCUCUAAGAAAUGAAGAAUUAUAAACAUACUUUUAUUCUUCUUUUAACACCCUACAACCGUCUCUGUUUAGAGCCUUGUUAAUAAAUUAAGCAGCAUACAUUUGCACUGAACUUAUAUACUUACUUUGACGUGUGUAUUUUAUAGUACGUGUGCAAUUCCCAAAUAGCUUACUAAUGGUGUAAUAGCAGAAUUUAGACAGGUAAGAACAUCAGAGUUUCAUUGGCCUUAGAAACAAACCCACACACUGAAAUAUAUUUUCAUCCACCAAAUGGUAUUUCUUUAAAUUAUUUCAAAAUGACCUAUUUCUUUACACUUCCUAAACCAGCCCAUAAAAUAUGUAACACGAUUUAAAAAUUAAGUAGACUCUGUAGGUGAAAUAAGACAGGGGAGAUGUAAGAAAAACUAUCUUAAAAAUAUAUGAGAAAAGCAUGAAUAUCUUUUAAUUUCAAAGCAAGGCAAUGUCUCUCAUUAGUAUCAAUGGAUUCUCCAUUAAACAUCUUGAAUAGCAAUAUAUAAUUAUAUUGAAAGCUAAAUUUGUCAAUAAGCCGUAUAUUUCUUCAACAUCAGUCAGUGCACUAUUUACCUAAAAACAAGAAACACAAAAGCAGCUUUUUAAGGGAAAGCUUUACUUUUUGCUGCAGUACAUACCGGAACGAGACUCUAACAGAUUUUUUAAUGGUGUAGAAAAGAGGAAUUUGUCCAAUAAAAUAAGGCAAUCAAUUUUCUGUUGAUUUGACAACAGAGUACAUAACAGUUAUGUAUAAAUUUCACAGAAAAAUAGAGGGCUUUUAAAGAAAAACCUAUUAAAACCACCCAAAUUCUAUCCUUUUUAAAAACUUUUUAAAGCUCUCCGUUUACUCAUCACGGUCCAUACACACUGAGGUCCCACUCAGGAGAUCCCCUGGACAUGCAACAGAAAUCAAGUACACGAGAUUUAUUCUAGGUCCAUAACAUGCUUAUAUGUAUUUUGAAUAUGAAUGUUUAUGAAAUGUUAUGAAAACUCUUUGAUAAAUUCAGGCCAUCUCUAUUCAGUACCACCUUAUAACAAGGAGGUGAAGUAUGACAUUGCUCAGCAAGUAACUUUGAGUGAAGAACUCACAAGUUAGAAAAAACCCAAAACUCACCAAAUAGAUUAUCACCUGUAGAUUCCUCACAGCAUUCUCAGCACACACAAAGUCUCAUUCAUUGCAGCUGGCAUUAUGUGUAACAUAUGAAAACUGUUAAGUCUGUAUGUUAUUCAGAAUGUCUAAUAAGCUGUCAGAAAUUAACGGAAGAAUUUAAAGGGAAACUUCGACCUGAUUUUGCCAUAGAUGUACACAGCACUUUACAACAGUAACAGAGGAAUGAAGAUGGUUCUCUAAGAGGUUUGCAGUUCCACGGCAAGUUGUUAGUCUUGUUCCCAGAUGCAGCACUAUCAUUUCAAAAAACUACUUGUAAAUAAGGUAAAGUGUACCUGGCUUUUAAGUCACUAGCAGGAGCCAUCCCAAGCAAAUCUAUGUCAGAUCUAAAGAUAAAGCUACACAACCAACAGCCUAGCAGUUACUGUUAACAGGAGCUUGUGUACCCUUCAUAAAUAAAAAUAACCCAAACCCCAGUAAUUUUUAUAAAAAUGCUAAAUCUCUUGCAGCAUAAUUAAGAGUUAUUCUUCCCUAGUAGAUCUAAUCCUUGUUAAAGCUGCUAUGUCCUAUCAAAUCCAGAACUUCCAAGGUACAACUAAUUGCAUAAGUGAAUAUAUAACAGGCUGAUUGGGUGAAGUUCCUUACACAAGUCCCAUAAUAUUCUCGUUUAUGAAUGGAAAUGAGAGUGGAAUUCAUCCCCAGCCCUUGGGUAUAUCAGAUAGCACAGAUGCCAUCCUGCCCAGAACAUAUUGUGUAAUAAUUUGAACCUGCAGGCUACAAUCACUUCUGCUAUCCCUCUGCACUGUGCAGUAAUUUUGGGGUUCUGAAUCACAAACAAAUGGAUUUGGUUGCCUUAUUUCUGCUGAUGCUUCUGUGGCCUUUGGUUAGUAACCAGGAGGACAGCAGGGCUCCCAAUCCAGAUACCUCAGGGCUCAAGUAGCAUGGUAGCCUUGAAUUUCUCCUAGUACAAGUAGACUGCAUUAAUAAUUGCAAGGUACACCUUGAAGAUAGUAUCUGAAAAAGUGUAUUUCCUGCCAUUUAUAAAUAGAUAGACCUUCAACAGAAAUGUAAAUGUUCAUCUUGAAACUGAUGUACAUACUUCUAAGGCAUUUUCUUCUGUAUUCAGCUGUAUAUAUUUGUCAGUCUGCUUGCUAUGUAGCAUUCUGUUAUGCAUGGAGCUGAGUGAGGCAUUAUAUUUGUCCAGUGUUUCAAGAGCCUUAAGCAUGUGUGCCCUAACUCUUGAAUGUACAAGAUACAUUUUCUUUUGCUCUCAAGUGAAUUUAAAACAACACAACAAAAUCCUAAUUUUCUACUUCUUUUAAUUCUCUGGAAUUAGAUUUCAUUAGCUUGUUACACUGAGAUUAACUGUUUUCAUUUUGCCCAUAAAUUUCACUACUGGAACCUGGAUAUAGAAAAGUAGCAAUACAUCUAUUCAUAGGGACAGUUUUCCCUUCCACUCAGUAGUAUUUGUGCCAUGUGGGAUACUGUUAAGAAACAAAUGUUUUCAACAGACUUCCUUUAAUCAAAAAAAUAUUUACAUUACUUAAAGGUCACUUUGUUUCAUUGGGCAUGGGACAAAUGACAACUCGGUUAAACAUGCCAACCUCUAGUCACUUCAAAAGCGUGACUGUAAUCAUAUUUUGAUUCCAAAAUGCAUAGAAAAAAGCACAUUGAGCGAAGCAGCUGGGGGGGAAGUGCCUCUCUUUAGGAGGAAUUUUUUCACAGAAGCAUUUUUUCUUUUUUAUUUUGCUAACACCGUGAGAAUAUUUAAACAGAAGCCUCAAGAUUCAUUUUCCAUAUUUCCUAAUAAUAAUGUUAAGUAUCAAUUUUGAUUCUUUGAGGUUUUUUGUCUUUAUAAUGUAGAUGGCAAUGGCAAUUUGUAAAUGAAGAGUGUAAUUAACUAGAAAAGCUUGUCAACAGUAACCGAAAUUUAGGUGUAUCAUUAUAUAUGACUGGCUGUACUUAUGUAUUUAUUUGUCUAAAUUGUAUAUAUUGUUUUAUCUAUAGUGUCUGUAGGAGUGCAUUCUUUUAGAUUAAUGUAUUAUUUACAGUUUUGUGGGAUUGCCAGCAAAGCUGCUAAUCAAGAUACUAUUUUUUUGUAUC